UUAGUCAUCCUGGAGAAUCAACACCACAUUUCCCAAUUGCGAGGGUAUGGUUCAAGGUACUUUAACAUUUCGAGCCAUCAUAUUGUUAUUUUGAUCUAAACUUUUAGCACUUUCUUUGGGUUAGCGAGGUGACCUCGGGAAUAGCGAUGACUUUCAUUGUACCGAGAAGCAAAAUGCCCUCGAAAAUUGUGUAGCUGAUUCUUCAGGGUGAAGUGAAUUUACCAAUUAUGGACUCUCAGCAGACAGAAGAUGGAAUGACUCAGUAUGAGAGAAUGUUUUUGACGACGAAAAGUUGUGCAGUUACAUAGUAGGGAAGGGAUCGUGGCUUUCUUGCUGCUCUCUUAAGUCUUGCAAGUCGGCGGAUUAAAGUUGAGGCUUGAUCGGAUGUAUUGCGCCUAUGGACUGUUAAACUGUGUCAAAAUUGGACUUGGAUCAACAAAACUAUCAGACCUUUCAUUCUAGGUAGGAGUCAAUACGAAAUGACAAGUUUAUCGAACUGGUUUGUUUUACUCGUGCUUUGCCAUAGUGGCCUAGGAAGUGAAAAAUGUAAAGAGAUUAGAUACAUUGGAGGUGACCUUGUAAAGGAAAAUAAGACACAUGAUGCUUUUCUAUGGGUGUUCCUCAGUCCAUCCUACACCAUCAGUGCUGAUGGGAAUGUAAUAGGAUGGCAGUUUAUGAAUAUGCGCGCCAGCAAGUUUUACCUGGACAUUUGGGAAAAAGUGACAGUCUUCAGGUACAAACUAAUUAGCAAGACGGAAUUUUCAAACGCUCCAGUUGGGCUGAACACCAUGCACCUUAGCACACCAAUAGCGGUCAAGAAAGGACAGUACCUCGGUUUACAUGUACCUACUGGAUUUUUGGGAGGUGUGUCAAGGAGAAGUAAGGAUAAGAGGUUGGCUUACCAAUCCAUUGGAGAGCACAGAUAUUAUGAUGAGAUGUUGGUGGGCAACGGAAACGUGUUCGAGGGAAAUUCAAGAAACUACAGAAAAUACGGUGGAAUGUACGCAUUCAAAGCUUUACUCUUUGUUGAAAACACUGAUACGUCGUGCUACUGGUUGUUCACCAAAAACUCGGCCUUAGACGUCUCGAAGGUGGCCCUCAUCUCGACACAGACAACCGAUGAGGUGCUCUCGUGUGCCCGGAUGUGCAGUCAUAAUAAACAGUGUAUGACCUUCAAGUUAAAGACGAGUACGAAGGAGUGUUCGAUGUAUCCUAGUGUCUUUGAUACACUCCUGUCGCCGGGAUCUGAUGACAUUUACGGAACAUAGAAGUUGGUGGUACCCUUGGCGUACUUAGAUCAUUUGUUGCUUGAAAUGUAUUUGGUGCGUGUAGGGCUAGAUCAAGAAUGUGUACAAUCAUGUAGAAUGAAUCCGACUUUGGUCGAACAUGCGGGCAAAGGCAGUAAUAAAGUGUAGGCUAUUUUCCGCAUCUUAUAGAUCUUACGAAGAAAUACAGUUGCCACGAAUUCCUGAAUGAUUGUUUUGAAUCUGAUACAUGUAGCUUUCCAGAUAAUGGUAUCUCGAAAAUCAUAGUGAACGAAGCAAAGUUGUUGUUUGAAAACAAACGAUUUGUGUUAGACUGCCUAGAGAAUGGUCAUCAGAGAAUAUUUAAUAUUGAACAAUCUCAGCAUUUUCCGCCCAUGCUUUGAUUUGUGCAAAGAACGAUCCAAACGUAGCAUCCAAUUAUGCCUUUCUAGCAAAACUGCGCACCCUGUGUAUCGAACCAACUGAAAAAUCCUGCGAACAAUGCAACAGCGUGCACAGAUCCGCACAUCCUCUUUAUAGAAUGUUUCUGGGACAGCAUAGAACAAAUACAUGUAUGUGAUGUGUACGUUAGUAGCAAACGAUGGAACAUGACAGACAAUGAACUGGUAGAAACAUUGCUAGGGAAGUAAAUAGAUGGGCUUGACUUUGACGCAGUGUCCCACGUUCUUGUUCUUGAUGUCACUGCCGCCACCUGCGGCCUUGAGGAAGAAUGUUAAGAAGAAUAGU